UCGAUAUCAUCACAAUUUCACAACUCUACUAGAACGUGCUGGCAACAUAUAAAUAAAACACAAUAAUUGUAAACAAACAGAAAUCUAAUACAAUUACUUUGUAUUUUUCUGCGGUCCAUUAAAAGUAUCUAAUUACUUUCCGGAAUCAUGAGUAUGAGCGACGACGACAGAGACAUUGAUAUCGAGAGUGACGACGAUGGGGACUCGGAUAAUGGUUUGGGCUCCUCGCGGCACACGAGUACGGCAAAUUUCACCCAAGCCGAGAAGCGCGCGCAUCACAACGCCUUGGAGCGAAGGCGGCGGGAUCACAUCAAGGAGAGCUUUACGAAUCUCAGGGAGGCGGUGCCAACGCUUAAGGGCGAGAAGGCAAGCCGAGCUCAGAUAUUAAAGAAGACCACCGAGUGCAUACAAACCAUGCGUCGAAAAAUCAGUGAAAACCAAAAGGACAUCGAGGAAAUCAAAAAACAAAACAGCAUAUUAGAUCAGCAAAUUCGAGCUCUGGAAAGUCCCAAUGCCGAUCAUUACGCUGAAUUCCUCAGUGAGGACGAAGUGGGCAGCGAAGACAUUGAGGACGAUGAUCUGGACCAGCCUGACUUUAGCAGACGCAACAAAAAAAUGAAGACCUUCCAUGCCUAGAUGGAACGCACAGGAAUGUUUCGGUUUUCAUUUUCAACGAUUCUGUGUCAAUUUCAUUUUGUUUCAUUCACUUUUCUAGGGUUGUGUUAAUCGAAAGCAAUAGCCUUUAAUGUUGUGAAGAAAUCAGUUUCAAAAUUCAGUUCAUGUAAAAAGAACUCUGUGGAAAUGAAAGCUGCAACAUGCCCGUUUAAUCAUAAUCAUCAUUAGUUUUAAGACCAAAGUGUAGCCCACCCUCUAUACCUUAAUUCGUAUGCGUGUGUCUUUUGUACUUAGAACAAAUCACCACUCUCUCUACGCUAAAUAAUAAAAGUUUGUAAGUUUAUAUUUAGAAAAAGGAAA